AUGGGUUUAGGUGCUUUCAAGAAAAAGGAUUCUCACAUUGGUGUGGUUUUGGGUUUGUUAUGCUGUAUCGUAUUGAUGUUGUUUAUAGUUUGUAUAAUGAUUUGGUUGUUUGUAUUGCAUCUUUGUUUUUCUUCCUUUUGUUUCUUUACCAUUUUAUUAAGGAUUGAAGAAAAGGAUGACAGUGUUAGUGUGCUGCCGGCAGUUGUGGUUUUGGUGUUCUCUCUGAACCCUGGUUUAGCGUCCCGCAUGGAUCUUGUGGUUUUUUUUUUUGGUGUAGUCUCUGUACCUGUUUGGACUAGUUUUCAUGAAUGGCCGAAUAAAAAAAUGAUUGAUUUAAUUUGUUAUUUGUUUGGGAUUGAAUGUGAUUUUGCCACCUCUUAA